AUGCCAUUAUCUCUUCAAAAACCCACCAAUCUCCCCCACUCCAAAUCAUGGAACCUUCUCAGAACCCACCCCACAUCAAAACAACCAAAACCCACUUAUAAAAAUCUGAUUUUUAAAAGAGUUCAAGUUUUUUCAUCUCUUAGAACUUCCCUUGACUGUGUCUCUUCUGAUGGAGGACUUGAGAAGGGUUUGCAACCGAUUCGGUUACCCUUUGUGGUUAGGAGUUCUACGAAUGUCACUAGAUUCUUCUGGAAUGGUGCCUGCUUGGAGAUGGUUGUUGUUGAUGGUGGUUCUGGUUCUUCUGGUGAGGAUGGGUUGGUGAGGGUGGUUGCUUCUGUUGUUAGGGACUUUUUUAUUCCGAGAGAUGUUACUGAGAAUUAUAUGGAGUAUGUGAAAUGGAAGCUGAUUCAUCGUGUUUUUAGCUCUGCACUUCAAGUUCUUGCUACUCAGGCAAUGUUUACAGCCAUAGGAGUUGGAUACUCUAGUUCUCUUCCAUCAGCUGCUGCGCUUAAUUGGGUCUUAAAAGACGGUCUUGGACGGUUAAGCCGAUGCAUAUACACUGCUAGCCUAGCUUCUGCUUUUGAUACUAAUUUAAAGAGGGUCAGGUUCGCCACAUCUGUUCUUUUUGUUGGAAGUAUUGGACUUGAGUUACUCACUCCUGCAUUUCCUCGAUUAUUCCUGCUGCUUGCAACCAUUGCCAAUAUUGCCAAACAAAUAAGCCUGGCAUGCUACUUAGCAACUCGGUCAGCUGUUCAUCAAAGUUUUGCAAAAGCAGACAACCUUGGUGAAAUUUCUGCCAAGGCACAGAUUCAAACAGUGUGCUUUGACAUCCUCGGUCUCAUGCUUGCUGCCCUGGUUAACAUGUGGCUUGCAAGACCACAAACAGGUCUCCAUUUCUUUGUUUAUCCCUUUUUUGCAUCUAUGGACCUUUUCGGGAUUUAUCAAGGACUAAAGCAUGUCCAUCUGCAAACCUUGACUAAGGAUAGGCUUGAAAUCAUUAUGAGCACUUGGAUUGAAAAUGGAUAUGUGCCUUCCCCGGCAGAGGUGAGCGAGAAAGAAGUAAUUGACUUUUUGGGAGUUAAAGGUACAAGCUCGUGGCCAAUUAGAAUAGGGUGCAUAAAUCCCAAGGACCAAAUACCAGAGUGGUCAAUGAAGAUGAUACAAAGCAUAACUGACGAGGACUAUUACUUUGUAUGCAUGGAGGUCUUCAAAGGAUUAAAAAGAACUCGACAGCAUCGUAUUCUUCUUUCCAUCCGCGAAGGAGCCGAGGCAGUGCAUAUAAUUACGGGUUUGUUGCAGGCUUGCUACAUCAGAAAGGCUCUUGUGAACAAUGCAUCAAACUCGGCACUUGAGGAUUGGCCGAUAAUUUUCGAGGAUUGCAAGAGACGUGCAGAAAGGGAUAUAGGUCAUUUGAUUGAACAAAUGAUGGGAAUAGGUUGGGUGGUGAAGAACAUUUUGUUGUCAAAGCAAGAGCAAGCUAGAUACAAUUUUGUGUGUGAAUAA